AUGCCAGAAAUGCGUGCGGGAAACGGCGCGCAGGGGCAUCUGCUCUCGCGGCAGAAGCGGCCGGCGACGGUGGCGCGGUUUCUCAACAGCAUCCCACUCAAUGAUCGUCACGCCGCAACCAACGCGCUACUCAUUCUCGGGAUGCGCGCGUACGGGGGCGCCGUCGCGGCGGCACCAGCAGAUCUCCACACGCUGCGCGCCGUUGUCGCAAUGGAGUUGGCCGAAGACGGCACCGGCACCGGCGCAGAGGCAGGAAAGAACAACAACGACCCCGUGCGCAGACGCAACACGCAGCUACAUCAACCCAUUAACGGAAAUGAUGGCGACGAUGAAAGCGAGAAGACGGCGUUGCCAUCCUUGCAGCAGCAGCGGCAGAAAUCAUCGGCGACCACGGUGACGCCCGCCGCUGCGGAAAAAAGAAGCACAGUUGGGGUGUCGAAGACAAUGAGCGAUGGUGGCCACGCCACGGUGUCGCAAAAAACAGAGGAUCCGUCUUCAGAGAAAAUGGUAACUGUAACAGACAAAAAGACUCGCCCUGUUGUAGCGAGCCCGUUAGUUGCGUCUGCAAGUGACUGUAGUAGUCGUGUUUGCUCGAGCAGACAGCAGCGGAACCACACGCCGGCGUUGAGUUUCAUUCUGGGUAAUGCGUUGAGCGGUGUCAUGGCGCAGCGCAGCGCAUCACGUCGCACUGGCCUUAAUAUCACCUCCACAUUGGGCCACAACGGUGUUCACCCUGGCGAUGAUCAGUCAACAAACCACGAUCUCUCUGUGUACGACGUCAGCGACGGUACAGUUGAUGAACAGGGGAGCGCAAUAGAUGCGGCGAUUGGCGUCUCCAUCAAUGGCACGAUGCUGCCGCUAGAGAGCGAUGAUCACUACUAUCCUAUGGAAUUCUUGCAGUGUAUCAAGAGACAUAUAGAGGUCACCCGUGGCGUCCGCGAGAAUACGGUUCUUGUCGCUGCGUCCAUUCCACAGCAUAUGGCGAUGUAUACGCUGUACAGUAGCUUUGAUGGCCUCUACCGAAGCCUCUUGGUAUCGUACCAUCUCUCAUAUGCUAAUGGCAAAGGUUCUCCUCACAGCUGA